AUGGGGCUAGGCAUCCUAGAAGACAAGCAUCUAGAAAAUGUUCCAGGGACGUCCAUCUUCAGUGACGAUCCGAAUGCAGCCGCCCAGGCUGCCUACGAAGGCGUCGACCUAUCUCUACUGAAGCACGGGAAAGGGCGGAACGCGCACGUCAUGCUGGUACCUCAACCCACUGAUGACCCGAAUGAUCCUCUGAACUGGCCUCAAUGGAAGAAACAUAUGGUAUUCUUCGUCCUCGUAUAUGGAACCGUUAUAUGUGGUGCCCUCGGUCCCCUUGUCUCUGCGGACGUAGUAAACCUCGCUGUAGAGUUCCACACGUCUAUCCAGGCGAUUAGCCGUGCGCUUGGCUCUUCAUUGGCUGCUGCGUUGGCCAUCGCUACUGUGGUAUGGUCAACCUUGGCUGUGAAGAUCGGCAAGCGUCCUGUUUUUCUGGCCUCAGCUCUCAUCAUGAUGGCUGGUGCAAUCAUGUCCGCAUACGCACAUACGUGCGGGGUUUUGCUGGGAUCUAGGAUUGUACAAGGCGUUGGCCAGUCCGUGCUGGAGUUCCUAGUCGGGGCGUCGAUCAACGACAUCUACUUUACCCACGAACGUGGUAUCCCCGUCGCCCUGUGGAACCUCGCGCUGUUGGACGGCAUCAACAUCACCCCACCCAUCUCUGGGGCGGUCAUACAGCACCUGGGGUGGCGCUGGGCCUUCAAGAUCUUCGCCGUCGCCGUCGGGCUUCUCUUUCUUUUGCAGUUCUUCUGCAUGCCCGAGACGACGUAUUACAGGUCGCAAGUGAUAAACGUGCACCUCCCAGUAAACCACAACCAAAGCGUUCAAGAAGCCAAGGCCGAUUCAGAAGCAACUGUCGACAUCGAAAAGCAGGAGCCGUCCGUAAGGCUGGAAUCCGCCGAACCUGAAUCUGACGCUCCGCGUAAGAAGUCAUACAUCCAAGAGCUGGCGGUGUUCAGUGGCGUCUACCCAACGCGGGUGUCCUUCCUGGCUCUGGUAUGGAGACCUAUAGAAUCACUCGCUACACCCAUUGUGCUCUGGGCGGGAUUAGUGUACGGUGUCGCUAUCACUUGGCUCGUUCUCCUCGCCACAAGCGUGUCGCAGCUGUUCUCAGCCCCUCCCUACAACUUCGACACCAGUCAAGUGGGUCUGACCUACAUGGGCCCCUUCAUUGGCGCGAUGCUGGCCGCCCUGAUCUCGGGGCCGCUCGCGGACUGGCUCGCGCGGCACAUGAGCGCGUGGAACAAGGGCACCUUCGAGCCCGAAUUCCGCCUCCCCCUCGUUGCGUUCUACUCCCUCUUCGGGUCGAUGGCGUUCUUCGGGUGGGGCAUCUCCGCUCACACUGAAGACCCCUGGAUCGGGCCGGUAUUCUUCUUCGGCCUCGCAAACUUUGGGAUCACCCUGGGUGCGUCGGGGGCGAUUGCCUAUGUGGUGGACGCGCACCGGCGGAGCGCGGAGAGUGCUAUGGGCGGGGUUAUUUUUUUCAAGAAUGUGUUCUCGCUGGUUAUCACGUUGUUCAUUAACGACUGGAUAGCCGCGAGGGGAGUCCUGAGCGCGUUCUGCACUGUUGGCGGAGUGACGCUCUUCACUACUUUGCUGACCAUCCCGAUGUAUGCGUAUGGGAAGCGAGCGCGGUCGUGGAUACACCGAUGCGUGAAGCUGGAUGCUGAUGAUUGA